UGCAUACCCAAAAUAAAGGAUUACACGACUUGAUCUUGAUUAGGAUUUACACUUGAUACAUAUCAUCAAUAUCAAUAUCAUCAAAUAAAAGUUUGACUAAAGUAUGUUUGUUCACUUAUCCUAUAUUUAUAGUACUCAAAUUUAAACCACUUUCUUCUCAAAGUCGAUGUGGGACUAAUGAUCAACAUUAAUGGACUCUUAUGAAGUGGGUGAGUAUAUAAAGGAAGCAUGAUACUUUUGAAAUUGAGGGUAUUACAUAAAUCUACUCCAAAUUAGUUAAGAAUUUUUGCGAUUUUUGCCCUGAAAUUGGUAAAAAGUUUGGAUAUCUUAUUGCCGGUAUUUUGUGGAAGUUCCAUUUGUAUAAAAGAUUUACAAUAUUUUUAUCGAAAUAAGGAGUAUAAAUCUUUGUCCCACAUCGGUGAUGGAUGAGAGAAUUCUUAACCACACUCUUCCUAAAUAUACUCUUUCUUUUCUUACGGCACACACGCAAAUUCCCACACUCUUCUGGGAUGUAAAUAUAUAUGGUGUAUUUUCUGUUGUUUUUUUUCCACAUACGUAGACAAAUACUUUAUUAUACUACGGAGUAUUAUAUAUUGGUUAUAGGGAAUUCCACAAUGACUUACUAUUUGGCCAUUCAGAAAAUCAAUUCUCAUGGUGGAGCUUUUUACCCGUAUUCUGUUACUUGCUCUUCUUUGGUGGGUUAAUUGCUCAGCUAACACCGAUCGUUCUGCACUUCUAGCCUUAAAAGCCCAUAUCUCGUCAGAUCCCCACAAUUUAUUGUUGAAAAACUGGACUACCCAAACAUCCUUUUGUAACUGGGUUGGAAUCACCUGUGAUCCACUCAAUAGCCGUGUCACCGGGUUGAAUCUUUCCAAUGUGCAACUCGUUGGCACCAUCCCUCCCGAAAUUGGAAAUCUUUCUUCUCUUAUAUCUCUGGAUAUGAAUGAAAACUCCUUCUACGGCCCCAUUCCUGCCUCCAUCUUUAACUUGUCAUCCAUACAGGUAAUCACUCUGAGAGGUAAUGCUGCUUUGUCAAGUGAGCUACCAACCGACAUGUGCAAACACAGCCUUCACAACCUCAGAUUGCUGCGUAUUUCCUUCACUAAGUUGUAUGGACAAAUACCAUCGAGCCUGGGCCAAUGUUCAAGCCUUGAAAAACUUUCGUUGUACAACAACAGCCUGGUUGGAGAGGUGCCUAAAGAGAUUGGGAACUUGACACACCUCACACAGUUAUUUCUUGGCUUCAACACUUUAACUGGUGAUAUCCCAAAACAGAUUUCUCAUCUUCACAUGUUACAAUCAUUGUGGAUGGAAUCAAACAAAUUUACUGGACCUUUACCUCCAGACGUUGGGAAUUUGACAUCCCUUCGAGAGUUGAUCCUUUACAAUAAUAAUUUAACAGGUAAUAUUCCUAAUCAGAUUGGUCAUCUUCGUAAUUUAGAAACAUUAAGCAUGGCAUCCACCGGGCUUAAUGGAUCGAUUCCAAAAGAGAUUGGGAACUUGACGGCCCUUCGUUCUCUAUACCUCGAUAACAAUGUAUUGAAUGGUAUGGAUAGUCCUUUUUUUCUAAUCAUUAGUUGUAAUUUUCUUGUUUUUAUGUUUUAUUCACGAUUCUACAUUUUUAUAGGUGUUAUUCCACAUGAGAUUGGGCAGCUUAACAAUUUACUAAUUUUGUCCAUUGAUUCGAACAAGUUGAUUGGCACUUUACCGCCAACCUUUUCUAACAUGUCUUCUCUGAAGUAUAUUUCACUAAGUCAUAACACACUUAAUGGGACAUUGCUAAGAGAAAUUGGAAACAUGAAAGCACUCCAAGAAUUAUACCUCAUCAACAAUACUUUGACUGGUGUGAUUCCGGAAGAGAUUGGUGGCCUUGACAAAUUAGUAUCAUUAUACAUGAAUGGCAACAAGCUCAUCGGCCCUCUGCCUCGAGUCAUUUUGAACAUGAAAUCUCUUGUAGCAUUAUCUCUCAACAAGAAUGCUUUGACUGGUAUCAUUCCAGGAGAAUUGUUCACAGCCAAUAUUAAGAGUGUUGAUCUCUCCGAUAACCAUUUUCAAGGUUCCAUACCGCCAGCGAUUGGAAGAUCCCUCAACUUAACUUAUCUCGACUUGGCGAAUAACAAUCUCUCCGGCCCUAUACCUUCCACCAUCUGCAAUUUGAGAUCCCUCCAAUUUCUUAACCUAUCAAACAACAACCUGCAGGGUGGGCUUCCAAAGUGUUUAGGAGAGCUGACUAAAUCCUUGCACGUUCUGCAUUUGAAGGAGAAUAGCCUUGGUGGCCAAAUUCCACCAUCAUUUUCAAAGGGCUGCGCUCUUGAGUCUCUCAACCUCAACAGCAAUAACCUAGAAGGAACGUUGCCGCAAGCCCUUGGAAAUUGUGAGAAGCUACAAGUUCUUGAUGUUGGAAGCAAUGGGAUACACGGUGGGUUUCCCUUUUGGACGGAGGAUCUUGUCGAUCUCCGAGUCCUUAUUUUGGAAGAGAAUAGAUUCAAUGGUAGUAUUGUUUCACCCAUUGCUGAUGUUGAGAUUAGUAGUGAUGCUCCAUUUGGAAAGUUGGAAGUGUUUGAUGUAUCUCAAAAUGAGUUCAGUGGGUCCCUACCGACUACAUAUUUGUCUACCUUCCCAGCCUUGAUGAAUGGCAAGGAAAAUGCGUCGGAAAAGAGUAGCAUGUAUGAGGAAUCAAUGGUGUCUGUUUUGAAAGGCUCAGAGCAACCAUUAUUGGUCAGAAUGUUGACUACAUUCACCACCAUUGACAUGGCGGAGAACAAAUUCUCCGGAAAGAUUCCGGAUUCCAUAGGGAAUCUUAAUUCACUCAAGUGCUUGAAUUUGUCUCAUAACAAUCUCACUGGGCAGAUACCAUCAUCCAUUGGAAAUGUGAAAGCAUUGGAAUCAUUAGACUUGUCUUCAAAUCGAUUGAAUGGUGAGAUUCCAAGGCAGUUGACAAUGUUGAGUUUUCUUUCUAAGUUAAAUCUUUCGAUGAAUGAGCUUGUUGGAGAGAUUCCUCAAUCAGGCUGGUUUCGGAAGUUUGAUAAUAGCUCCUUCAUUGGGAAUCCGGGGUUGUGUGGAUUUCCGCUGACUAAAAAAUGCGAGCAAGUUCCCAGGUCGCCUCCUCAAGAACGUGAUGAUGGUGAUCAUUCUAAGUUUUCGAAUGGAUUUAGGUAGCGACCCGUGGUGUUGGGAUAUGGAUGGUUCGUAAUAGGAGUUUUGAUUGCUUGUUUAAUAAUGAUAUGAACCAUAUUUGUUGUAUUAGUCUGUUUGUGUUGUGGAUGCGGCAGAAUAGUGUGGUAGAACGGUUGUUUUGUGGAUGCGGCAGAAUAGUGUGGUAGAACGGAGGAGGACAUGGAUCUUCCACAUGAGGAGAAGGAGAAGCUCCAUGCUUUGAAAAGAAGCUCGUCAUGGAAAGCAAUGGAUGGAAAGUGGUAGAUCCAGCAUUCGGAAAUGGAAGGGGUGGACAUGGCUAUUUUUUGGUCUUCGGGGCGACGUCGGAGGCAAACGGGAUGAGGCAGACAUGGAUAUUUUACUUUUGGAUAAGGGCAAAUUAGUCAACCUUUCCAACCCCCCCGAUCCGCCACUGGGAUACUCCAAAUUGGAAAAUGAUAUGCUACAUACCUUAUGUGAGCUCCUCAUGAAAGCACCACUCUCAUUUGAAGCACGUUUAGCAUUGUUCGUUUCGAUUUAUAUAUUUAGUUUGAUUCUAAUAAGUUAAAAAAUGUUAUUGAAAUUUUUAAUUUCACAGAAUUCAUAAAAAUCAAAGCUCGAUUUGUUAGUUUAUUA